AUGAACUGGAUGAAAUUUCAUAGCCGAGAUAGUCGGGUCCGUCGUGACGCGAAUUCUAGCUCAGUAGAAGCCUUCGAAGACUCUUUGUCAAUGUCCCCUAACAUUUCUACAGACAAGCCUUUUUUUGGUCUGCUUCGCUCCAAACGACAAAUUCCUAGCGUUUCUGGGGAUGAAGAAAGCAUGACAUCUACAGAAGUGAUGAACUGGGCAAUGUCUAGUUAUGCCAAUAAGCUUCAACAGCAGCAAAAGGCACGACAGCAGCGGCCAAGUCGCCAAAAAGGGCGCUCUCCAUACACCAAUAACCAGAUGGGAGGAUCUCUGUCACGUUCCGCAACGAAUGGACCAGCAAGGCCGAGUCUGGAUGCGGAACAUACUGCAACUGAACAACUCACUCAGUGGGCAAAAAGCAUAAAAAAAUCGUACUCCGAGCUCCGUGACUUUUUCUCCAGACCAUCCAAUCUUUUCUGCAGCCAGAACGGGCCAAAUGCUCACCGUGCGACCGAUUUCAAAGAUUGUUGGAAUCCAGCUCCUUUAGCUGACUUUAGGCCAGAUGCACCAUUGACCGAUACCACUGACCAAAUGGCUAUUGCUUCAAAACGCCUUCUUGAUGCUGUAUCUGGAAACAGUGACCCUGAAGCAUUGCCUCUCGGCACUGAUAUCCUGCUCAAAUCAGCUCUUUCUGAUGGACAGCUAGUUUCAGCCCCUCCUCGUUCGCGCAAAGCACUGAUGUCGGAAGAUAUCGUCUCUAGGCGACCGGGACUCGGUAAUCACCGUGGCUAUCAGGCUGAUGCAUCUAAGGGCGCACAAAUGAUGGGCUUCUCACCAAAUAAUCGUCAGCAACCUUAUCGACAGCCGUCUCAGUACCAGGGCUAUUCGCCGGAACAUAGUUAUAAUUCUAAGACGGCCUACGGUGGACGACCAGUGUCGGGAUAUCUUCCUAGCCUUGCUCGACAGAGAGGUGGUGGAUAUGCUGUUCCAGGCGAUGAAUAUGAGGUGCGCUCUUUCCUGAUGUCAGAUUAA